CUCUGGGCGUGUACGUGAUUAUGGCGAAAGCCUUGUUUCCUAAGCUCCGUAGAGCUGCUUCACUGCUCAGAGUCUCAUCUCCCAACUCGUUUCUCGUCAGGUCGACUUUGGAAGCCCAAGAAUCAAUUUUUAGUGUAACCAAGCACUUUCUUCCACUCAACCAGCCAAGUCCUUCGUGGGUUUCCAGGAACUUGAGCCAUGGUUCGGUGAAUCUUGUGAUAUCACAAGGAAAUCCCAGGUUUGAAACGCAUGAGGUGAAUCCUCCGAAGAAGCACAAAUGGCUGACCAAGAAGAGGCUGAAGAUGCAGAGGAUGAGGGAGAAGCAGAAGAGAAAAGCGGCCAAUAAGAGAGACCCGCGUUGUCUCGGCGUCAAGGGGAAGAAGAAGAGGAAGUUUUCCAAUGCUGAGGAGAGAAUUAAGUACAAGCUUGAAAAGGCCAAGAUUAAGGAAGCUUUGCUGAUUGAAAGACUGAAGCGGUAUGAAGUUCCUAAAGCUCAAGGUCCUGUGGUAAAACCCCAUGACCUGAGUGGUGAGGAGCGGUUUUAUAUGAAAAAAAUGGCCCAAAAGAGGUCUAAUUAUGUACCGAUUGGCAGAAGAGGAAUAUUUGGAGGUGUUAUUCUUAAUAUGCAUAUGCAUUGGAAGAAACAUGAAACUGUUAAGGUCAUUUGCAAGCCUUGUAAACCUGGGCAAGUACAUGAGUAUGCACAUGAAAUUGCUAGAUUGAGUGGUGGGAUCCCCAUUCAGAUUGUGGGAGAUGACACCAUAAUAUUUUAUCGAGGAAAGGACUACAUUCAGCCACAAGUUAUGUCACCUAUAGAUACAUUAUCCAAGAAAAAGGCAUUGGAAAAAUCAAAGUAUGAGCAAUCACUGGAAUCAGUAAGGGGCUUCAUUGCCAUUGCUGAGAAGGAAUUAGAGCUGUACUACAGGCACAUUGCCCUUUAUGGUGACCCAAACGAUAGAAAUCCCAUUUCCAUGUUGGACAGUCCAACAAUUAAAGACUCCAAGGAAUCAGGGAAACUUGAAAAGAAAAGCCUUGAUUCAACCAGUAGUUGCUUUCAUGCAGGUCUUUCAGAUUUGGAAGCUGAUUCCACUCGUGUAUCAGAAACUGAAGAUAAUGUUGAAGAUGAGGACUUCCGGAUAAAUGAAUCAGAUUCUGAAGAUGAAGAAAGAGAAGAAAUACAAGACACUGUAUUGGGCCCCCCAUCAUCAUCAAUGAUCAAAGAUAAAUAUGAUUCUGACUAUAAAUAUUUUCUAAAAAACAACAAAUUAUAGAUGGAAAAAGUUAAUUUAGAUUCCAUA